GUAACUUGAUUUUGUCUAAAGCCAGUGUUGGUCAAUGCUGCAUAAGGUGCAACAGCUGUUAAUUAAAUUGUGUGCUUAUUAAGUGUCAGUAAAAAUGCCUAUUAUCUGCAAGUCGCAGUGCGGAAAUCGCGCUGCUUUGAAGCGACCCAAAACAGGCGAUGCCUUGUGCAAGGAGUGCUUCUUUGCCGCCUUCGAGGCAGAGAUCCAUCACACAAUCUCCUCCAGCAACUUGUUCCGACGUGGCGAGAAGGUGGCCGUAGCGGCCAGUGGAGGCAAGGACUCCACGGUCCUGGCGCACGUCUUAAAACUGCUGAAUGAACGCCAUAACUACGGUCUGGAACUUGUGCUGCUUUCCAUAGACGAGGGCAUCACUGGCUAUCGGGAUGACAGUUUGGAGACAGUGAAACAGAACCGUGACGACUACCAGAUGCCACUAAAGAUCCUGUCCUAUGAGGAGCUCUACGGCUGGACCAUGGACCGCAUUGUUGCCCAGAUCGGACGUUCUAACAACUGCACGUUUUGCGGCGUCUUCCGUCGACAGGCCUUGGAUAGAGGGGCAAAGCUUUUGGGCGUUGACAGCAUAGCCACAGGCCACAAUGCAGACGACAUUGCGGAGACAGUCUUGAUGAACGUGCUUCGUGGGGACACGGCGCGCCUCAGACGCUGCACGAGCAUCCGCACCGGCGGUGGCGAGGAUACCAUUCCCCGAGUGAAGCCCCUCAAAUACAGCUACGAGAAGGAAAUCGUGAUGUACGCCCACUACAAAAAGCUGGUCUACUUCUCAACGGAGUGCGUAUUCGCCCCCAAUGCGUAUCGCGGCCACGCCAGAGCGUUUCUCAAGGAUCUGGAGAAAGUGCGACCAUCGGUUAUAAUGGACAUCAUCUACUCUGGCGAACAGCUUCGCUUCAAGGACACGGUAAAGAAGCCCGAGCGUGGCACAUGCACCCGAUGUGGCUUCGUUUCCUCCCAGCAGCCCUGCAAGGCGUGCGUCCUUCUCGAGGGUCUAAAUAGGGGAUUGCCGAAGCUUGGCAUAGGCAAGAAGUCGAAGGGCGAGCGAAUGAUUGCCAAGCAGAACCAGGAACUAGCCCUGCGGGAGCGAGCAAACUUAGUAAAAAACGAUUUUUAAAAACA